UAUUUGUUAUUGAUUGCAGCAAAGUCAAAUGGUGGAUGACAUGGAUGAGGAUCUUGAUGGAGAUGAUUUUGGUGCAAAGGGUUCUGCUUCUGUAGAGCAUGAAUCUGAUGAUGAGAUCGUUGAAUCUGACAUUGAACUUGAAGGAGAAACUGUAGAACCUGAUGAUGAUCUGCCACAAAAGAUGGGAGACCCAUCUAUUGAGGUAACAGAGGAAAGUCGUGAUGCCUCUCAAGAGGCUAAAGGGAAAGCUGUGGAAGCAAUUUCAGAAGGGAAGUUGGAUGAGGCCAUUGAGCAUCUUACGGAGGCUAUAUUGCUGAAUCCGACAUCAGCAAUCAUGUAUGCAACCAGAGCAUCUGUGUAUAUCAAGAUGAAGAAACCGAAUGCUGCAAUUCGUGAUGCAAAUGCAGCUUUAGAGAUCAACCCUGAUUCUGCAAAAGGCUACAAAUCCCGUGGCAUAGCUUUAGCUAUGCUUGGGAAAUGGGAGGAAGCUGCCAAGGAUCUUCACCUGGCAUCGAAAUUAGAUUAUGAUGAGGAGAUAAGUGCUGUGCUUAAGAAGGUCGAACCCAAUGCGCACAAGAUUGAAGAACACCACAGAAAAUAUGAAAGAUUGCGAAGGGAGAGAGAAGAAAAGAAAAUUGAGCACGAGAGGCAGUGUCACCGGGCAGAGGCUCAGGCGGCUUAUGAGGAAGCAAAAAGGAAAGAACAAUCAUCAAGUAGACCAUCAGGAGGCAUGCCAGGAGGGUUCCCUGGAGGUAUGCCUGGAGAAUUCCCAGGCGGUAUGCCUGGAGGUUUCCCAGGUGCCAUGCCUGGUGGUAUGCCCGGAAAUAUUGAUAUGAGCAAAAUUCUGAAUGACCCUGAACUCAUGGCAGCAUUCAGUGAUCCUGAGGUCAUGGCUGCUCUGCAAGAUGUGAUGAAUAACCCAGCUAGUUUUGCUAAACACCAAACCAAUCCCAAAGUAGCUCCAGUUAUUGCAAAGAUGAUGGGAAAAUUUGCUGGAUCCAUGUGACAGCAGUUGACAGUUCCUAGUCCUUCUUAAGGUGUCUAAAUAGGUUGACGUAGUUCAGAAUUGUUAAAUGGCGAUUUCUAUGGUUCAUGUUGAACCCAUGUAUAUUAAGUGAAUUUAACAGUAUUCUCUUGAUUAGUGGUUUGUUAAUUAAUGGUGAUUUGGAGUUUA